CGGUGCCCGCGCCCAGGGCUGGGAACAGGAAGUCAUCUCCCGAGGGCGCGGCACGGGGUGAGAUGCUGCAGGUGUGUGGCGCGGGUGCCGGUCAGGGCGGCGGGAGCCCACAGUCCGUCAACGCAGAGCCAGGGCCCCUCUGAAGCACACCAGGAUCCUGCACAUGGCACUGAUGGGGGCCCCAGAACCCUACAGCGAGCCGGAGGCCAGCCAGGAGAAGCCCUUUCUGCUUCGUGCACUGCAGAUUGCAUUGGUGGUCUCUCUCUACUGGGUCACCACCGUCUGCAUGGUGUUUCUCAACAAGUACCUGCUGGACAGCUCCUACCUGCAGCUGGAGAGCCCCAUCGUCCUCACCUUCUACCAGUGCCUGGUGACCACACUCCUCUGCAAGGGUCUCAGCAUACUGGCCAUCUGCUUUCCUGGUGCAGUGGACUUCCCCACACUGUGCCUGGAUUUCAGGAUGGCCCGUAAUGUCCUGCCCCUGCCAGUGUAUUUUGUUGGCUUGACCAUCUUCUAUAACAUUGGCCAGAGAUACAUGGGUGUGGCCUUCUACACCCUGGGCCGCUCGCUUACUAUAUUCUUCAAUGUGCUGUUCUCCUACCAGAUGCUCAAGCAGACCACCUCCUUCUAUGUCUUGCUCACCUGCAGCAUCAUCAUAGGUGGCUUCUGGUUUGGUGUGGACCAUGAGGGGGCAGAGGGUUCCCUGUCUUUGACAGGCAUCCUCUUUGUCGUGCUAACCAGCCUCAGCAUCUCCCUUAAUGCCGUCUACACCAAGAAGGUGCUCCCAGCUUUGGACGGCAGCAUCUGGCGCCUGACCUUCUACAACAACGCGAUCUCCUGCGUCUUCUUCCUGCCUCCACUCCUGCUGCUGGGGGAGCUGCGGACCCUCCGCCUCUUUGUCCAGCUGGGCAGAGCCCACUUCUGGGGCAUGAUGACGCUGAGAGGACUGUUUGGCCUUGCCAUCAGCUACGUGACAGGCCUGCAGAUCAAGUUCACCAGUCCCCUGACCCACAACGUGUCGGGCACGGCCAAGGCCUGCGCCCAGACGGUGCUGGCUGUGCUGUACUACGAGGAGACCAAGAGCUUCCUCUGGUGGACAAGCAACCUGAUGGUGCUCGGGGGCUCCUCCGCCUACACCUGGGUCAGGGGCUGGGAGAUGAAGAAGGUCCAGGAGGAGCCCAGCCCCAAGGAGGAGGAGAAGAGCAGCAUGAGGGUGUGAGCUCCUGCCGGGGCCUCGGGAUGGCCUGUCCCAGGAGAACGCCCCGGAAUUCGGGGAAGGCCUCUCUUACCUGACAGACCUAGGUAGGCCUACAAGAAAUGGAAAAUCACCAGGCGAGAAAACGACACCGUGGGAUACUGCAGCCUGGGAGACUGCCUGCCAGUGCAACCCAGGACAAACAGAUGCCUCGCUGAGAUUGGGGUCCAGGCUCGGCCUAUCCAGCGUAACAGGAUGCAGCUUUAACCCGAGGUAUGACAAGAGGUAUCAAGAACAACGGUCAGCAGAAACGGCACCCAGCAACCAGCUCUAGCCAACCAGACUCUGACACCCCAACCAAUUACCCUUCGUAAGUUUUUGUGCUUAAAAACCCCGCCCUAAGAACAACCCAGUGAGUCCUAACCUCUCUUGGUUGGCUCCCCAACCUCCCUGGGUUCACCCCACUU